CAAAACCAUUACAAGAAAAAUAAGAGACUCCUACUUCCUUUGCGUCUUUGUCUCCCUCUCUUAUCCUUCAUUUUCAUUUACUUUUCAUGCAAUCCUCUUUUUCGUCUUCCUCUUCCUCCUUCUGGUUUUUCCUCUCGAAAUCCCGAUACCUACUUGCAGAGGCAAUAUGUAAUUGAAUAUAUAUUACUAUAUAUACAUAGGUAUAUACCCCCUUUAUAUAUUCAAUUACAUCUGCAUUUUUAUCUUUUUUUCAUUUCCAAGAAUCUCUCUUUUUAGUUACCCAAAAACUUUCCAUAUAGCAUACACAAUUACGUUUGAUCAUUUAUUGUUUUCUCAAUAUUUUGUUCAUUGUUAAUUUACAUGAAUCUAGUUUUACACAGACUCAAAGAUAGUGAAUUUAAUCAAGAUUUGGAUACUUUUGGUAUUAUUGGGCCUUUGCUUUUCAGCCAAGCAGAUCCAUAGCAUGAGGGUCCAUCCUAUGUCCAUGAAACGAAACAUUGCUAUUCGUGAAGGUAUUUAUCCGGGUUCAACUUCGGGUUCGGAUCAGCGGGAACAACUUUUGGCGGUAAUGGAAGGAAACCCGACGAAGAAGCUACGGAAACUGCCGCACGUUUUUGGGAAGGUUCUAGAACUUCCGUUCCGUUCCGAUGCUGACGUGGCGGUGGAGGAAGGGCCGGAAUUCUUCCGUUUCGUGGCGGAGAUGGAAUUUGACGAUGGCGGAGAGGGUGGAGGCGCAGGAGCGGGAGGCGGCGUGAGAGUGCAGGCGGUGGAGAUUCAUCCUGGGAUUACGAAGAUCGUGGUGAGAAAUGGUGCGGGAGAUGGAGGUGUCGGCGCCGUCCCCGGCAGCGAAGACGAGCUGCUGUUGGAAGAGCUGAAGGUGGACACGUGGAGGUUCAGGUUGCCAGCGACGACAAAACCGGAGCUGGCCACGGCGGUGUUCGUGGAUGGUGAGUUGAUUGUUACGGUGCCAAAGGGUGAUCGUGGCGGUGAAGAUUUCACCGACGGUAGGAAUGUUUGGGGUGGCGGUGGCCGGCUUGUUCUUGUACAGUAAGAAAAAAUAAAAGAAAAAGAGAUAUUAAUAUUUUAUUUAAAAAGAUUUUUAUUCUUCAAAAAUAAUACUAAUAAUAAUUGUUGUACAUUAUGGUGGACUCUGGCAACUUUAUUCUCCAUGUAUGAAUA